UCAUGUGCAUUAAAAUUAAGCUAAUGAGUCUUUGAUUCUGAUUACUAUGCAAUUAGUCAUCUCCCUCCGGCUUCCGACCUCCACCCUCAUCUCCCUCGGCUACAACUCGCUCAGAGGCCCUCGUUUACUAACCCAUGGCGACUUCACUAUUUCUCUGAUACAUGAAGGUCCUCAAGCUUACUCGGGGAUCCUUGGAUGCUUCGGGGUUGUCCGCAGGAAAAAGGGGCAUAUCAUUUUUUUGAUGAUUGAAAUAAUUAAUCUCUUUGGUGAUGUUUGGAUAUGAUUUGGCGUUCUUUGUAAUGGAGUUGGUACCUUGUAGAACUCAAUCAUCAGAGGCAUCAGAAUCUGAUCCUAUUUUGUGUCGAUCAACCUUCAAGGAUAGUUCUGAGGAGUCCGAGUCUUCAUCUGAAAUAAGAACUGUGGAUGAUGGUGAUUGCGAGAAUCUUGAAGCUGAUGAAAUCUCUAGUCUGGUGUUUACAGAACAACAAUGUCGGAUUUGCCUUGAAACUGGAGGUGAGGAUUUGAUUGCGCCAUGUCAUUGCAAAGGCACACAGAAGUAUGUGCAUAGAUCCUGUCUUGACAAUUGGAGAUCGACCAAGGAAGGUUUUGCAUUUUCUCAUUGUACAGAGUGUAGGGCUGUGUUUAUCUUGCGUGCAAAUGUGCCCCCUGAUCGUUGGUGGUUGAGAAUUAAGUUUCAGCUCCUUGUUUUGAGGGACCACACACUCAUUUUUGUUAUUGUGCAGCUGGUUGUGGCUUUCCUGGGUAUGCUAGUUUACAGAUUCUAUGGCGAUGAGCUAAGGGAAAUGUUUGGUUACGAGGAGCACCCAUAUGGGUUUUACACCUUGGCAACCUUGGCUGUUAUCUUGGUGGGUUUGCUUUAUGGAUUCUUCAUAGCCAUAAUUUGCGGACAGAGGAUCAAUGAGCGCCAUUACCAUGUUCUAGCAAAGCAGGAACUAACAAAGGAAUAUGUGGUACAAAACCGAGAUGAAGACAAGGAUCCUCCAGAGCUUGAUCCCGGUGAUCUUAUGGAGUUGAGAAUUAUGGGACUAUAUUGAAAUGAAGUUUUUCCGGCUCUCCUUGACCUUAACUUUUGGUGAUUUACUGCGCAUCUAAUUACAUGGUUGCAAAAGAUUUCAGGAGCUAGUCAGCAAGUUGCUGGAAAUCUACAAGAUUGUGAAGAUUGAAAUGUGAAGAGUAGCUGCGGUUGAAGAAAAAAUAGAGGAAUUUUUUUUUUUUUUGAUAUUUUUGAAUUUUUUUAUAGCAAUGAUGCUUUUUAUUCUUUGGGGAAGAAUAAUUAUUUUAGAUUAUCGCACUCUACCAGAUGUAAAUUUUUUUUUUAUAAACUUUACAUUUAAAAAAGGGGUCUUACGGAGGUUGUUAAAAUUGCAAUUUACAGUUUCAAUUUGUAGUUAUGAUCUGAGUUGGCGUGUAGCAUGCGUAUUUUUUUCUUGAUCGGCAUUAAACUG